AUGUUUGCCCCAGGCCAAGAACAGAUCUCCAAGGAAGAGAUCAAGGCUGGUGAGAUUGAGGCCAGUCAGACCGUCCAGAUGGCUCUUGCCGGUGGUUUCCUCCUCUACCUGUCCCCCUUCGCCGUCGACUUUGUCCGCAAGUUCCUUUAG